UGACAGCAGCAGCAGCGCCGGGACGGCCUGUAUCUCGGGGUCUUCCAGCAGAGGGCGGGCCUGAUCACAGAGCUAGGACGCAUGCGCAGUACGGACCUCAGCCGCAGAAGCAGUACCACAGCAGCAGAACAGCAGCAGCAGCAGACAGUUCCCCGGUCGGGCUGCGGACCAUGGCACCGUGUCUGCGACCCCUCUACUUGGCAUUGGCCCUGAGUGUGCUGGUGUUCCCGGACAUCGGCUGUGCAGCUAACGGUGGCCUCCGGAGGGCACCUGUAGAAUCCUGUGUACCUAAGGUUAUUUCUCUGUUGAACAAGAACAAUGGACAGCCCAAUGUCACUUUCAGAUAUGACAACUGCACAGUAAACUCUGGGGGAAAGCACCUUAUUGCGGAUAUGCAGAACAUAACCAUCAGUCAAUACGCUUGCAAUGAGCAGGUCGCUGUGUCUGUAAUGUGGACACCCAGCACCACAGGCAUCGAGUAUCUGAAAGGUUUUCGCAUUAUUCUGGAGGAGCUGAAAUCCGAGGGGCGGAUGUGUCAGCAGAUGGUGCUCAAGGACCCCAAGCAGCUGAAUUCCAGUUUUAAAAAAGUUGUUAUGGAGACCCAGCCGUUUAUGAACCUGAAAUUUGAAACCGAUUAUUUUGUGAAAAUUGUCCCAUUUCCCUCCAUCAAGAAUGAGAGCAACUACCAUCCGUUUUUCUUCAGGACGCGCACGUGCGAGACAUUGCUGCAGCCGGACAACCUAACCUGCAAACCAUACUGGAAACCAAAGAGCAUUAAUGUCACACAGCAAGGCGUUAACAUGCAGGUGUCCUUUGACCAUGCACCAUACAACUUUGGCUUUAAUGCAUAUUACGUGAACUAUCGAAUGAAACACGACGCCUCAUUUAAACAGAAGAUCUGCAGACAGGUUCAGAAUUCCGACUACACAAACUGUCUUCUCCAGAACGUCUCUCCCGGGGACUAUGUCAUUGAGCUUCUUGAUGACACUAACAUAACGCGCCGCUCCAUGCACUACUCCCUGAAACCAGUGCAUUCUCCUUGGGCAGGACCAAUUCGUGCUAUUGCCAUCACCGUUCCUUUGGUUAUUAUAUCUGCUUUCGCCACACUGUUCACUGUUAUGUGCCGGAAAAAACAGCAAGAAAACAUUUAUUCUCACCUUGAUGAGGAGAGUUCGGAGUCCUCCACAUACGCUGGAAGUAUCCAUGUUGAGCGGCCUCGGCCACGACCGAAAGUGUUCAUUUGCUACUCAACCAAAGACUGCCAGAAGCACAUCAAUGUGAUCCAGUGCUUUGCCUAUUUCCUGCAGGAUUUCUGCGGAUGUGAAGUGUCUUUAGAUUUGUGGGAAAAUUUGAAGAUUUGCAAAGAGGGGCAGCGGGAGUGGCUGAGACAGAAGAUGAAAGACUCUCAUUACAUCAUUGUUGUGUGCUCCAAGGGGCUGAAAUAUUUUGUGGACAAGAAGAAGAGGAAGCAUAAGGGAUCCAGCAUCGAGUCCGGGAAAGGAGAGAUCUUUGCGGGUGCCAUGUCCAUGAUCACUGAAAAACUAAGCAAAGCCAAUGACGGCACAGAGGAUUUCAGCAAAUUCAUCACUGUUUACUUUGAUUACUCCAGUGAAAAUGACAUCCCUGGGGUUCUAGAUGUGACUAAGAAAUACAAACUCAUGGAUCACCUCCCACAGCUCUACUACCACCUGUACUCCAAAGAGCUUAGCCUGCAGGACCACGAUCAGUAUCCAACUAACAUCAGCAAGCGCAAUUAUUUCCGGAGCAAAGCUGGGCGCGCUCUGUAUGUCGCCAUUUGUAACAUGCACCAGUAUAUUGACCAGGAGCCAGACUGGUUUGAGAAGGAACAUGUUCUGUCCCACUCUCCAACCCUGCAUUACCAGGAACCCGUGAUGGAAAAGUUUGACUCUGGGUUGGUCCUAAAUGAUGUCACAGGGAAACAGGUAACGGAACACGAUACCACUGUGAAAGCAGAUGUGGUGGCCUCUGCGAACUGUCAUUCGCCCACUCAAAACAAUGACACUGGGGAUGAGAUGGAAACACCAAACACAGAGUGUUGUGUACUCCCACCGGUGAUGCAUUCUGUGAAGGUUGUCAACCAGGCGGACAUGCCUCGGGACUCUGGGAUAUAUGACUCUUCUGUUCCAUCUUCUGAGCUGUCACUACCUUUAAUGGAUGGACUAUUAAUUGACCAAGUAGAGACUUCAUCUAUUGCAGAGAGUGUCUCUUCAUCAUCAGGGCUAGGGGAGGAGGAGCCGACGGUGCCAAAAUCUGUCGUGUACAGUGUGUGUAAAGCUGACCUUCACUGCCACAUUCAUCCAGAUGAACUUCAAACAAUUGCACCUUUGUAGUUUAUUGGUUAACCCAUUCUGUGCCAAAGGAGGGGCUAGCCCCACUGGCAGUGAAGGAGUUAAUAUGCAUUGCCACUUUAACAAACAGGUUUUGUGAAUAGUUACCUUAUUACUGCGGACCCUGAACCUACUUGAAUAAAUAAUGACCUGUAAAAACUUGCCCCCUCUUUCACACCCCAGUCUGGGACUUCUGGGCCAGUGAACAAGGGAAAAACAAAUUGGGACUCAAUAUAUUUUAUGGCAGGACGUUAGGUGUUUCAUUGAUUAAUUCAGGGGCAAACGUUGGAUCCCAAUAUGGUAAGACAUGUGGACAGUUGUACUUUUUGCUUUUGAGUUUAUUGGCGGUAUGGGAUGCAAAGGGGGCCUGCUGAAAGCAAGAUGCCAUUCUGGCCCUCCAAUACUUCCACAUCCUAAAUUCUUCAGGAUCUUGGGUCUGAAAAUUAUCUGUAAACCAUAAUUAAAACAAAAAAAGAAGAGAAAUUGUAGUCAUGGUGACAAUUAAUGAACAAAUAGACCUCAGCCAUAUGUUAGAAGAAAAAAAUGUGGACUUUUGGUGCAAAAAGAAGUCAGCCCAACCGUACCCACUAAAUUACCUGCCCAAACGGAUAAAGAUAAACAACAAUACAAACAGUAGCGGGAAGAUCAAAGGCGACACACAAUAUAAGACUUUAAAUAUUCUAAAGGGCAAUAAAAAGGUGAAUACAUCACUUGCUUUUUUCUUCUAGAGGUAAUGCUUCAAGCUUUGAUUGCUCAUAUACUUGUCCAAUAUCCAAAACCAAGGUCACAUAUAAAAAGAAAAAAAUUAAAUACAAUGUGUAGUA